AUGAUUGUUCAAGAUCAGUCAUGGUGUCCCUUCUCCCCAAUGCGCCACGGCGGCGCAACUGUCUACGCGGCAGGGCCGGACGGCGAACCGUUGUUCAGAAGACAAAACAACCAUCUACCAGGACAUCAUUCUCACUACCAGCACGGACGUGGAAAUGUGUCCAGGCCGCGUGUCACGGCGGCCCUGCUAUCGAUCACCCUCAUCUCGCUCUUCCUAACAUUUCACGUACUCUACGAUAGUGCAGUUUACAGCUUACAGGUCAGUGGAAAGGAUACAGAGAUUGUAAGUUUGAUAUAUCCAUCAUGCCCACAAUUGUUCAAAUCCGCCGCCAUGCGAUUUCCACGAACCAUGCGCCGUCUUCCACAAGCGCUGAUCAUAGGCGUCCGGAAGUGCGGCACCAGGGCAUUACUAGAGAUGCUGCAUUUACAUCCAGCCAUACAAAAAGCAGCAGGAGAAGUACAUUUUUUCGAUCGGGACGAAAACUAUAGUCGAGGUUUGGACUGGUAUAGAAGAAGGAUGCCGCAUUCGUUUCGAGGACAAGUCACGAUAGAAAAAAGUCCUAGUUACUUCGUAACACCAGAGGUACCUGAAAAAGUCCGAGCAAUGAAUGCCAGUGUGAAACUUCUAUUGAUAGUCCGAGAGCCAGUGACAAGAGCCAUUUCAGAUUACACGCAAUUGCGAAGUCAUUCUACAGCCGCUUCACCUGCAACAAUUGGAGCAUCACCACCCAAAUCCUUCGAGCAACUUGCCCUGCACCCUAAUGGCACUGUAAACUGGCACUACCGUCCUCUCGCCGUAUCAGCCUACCACACCCAUCUUCAGAGAUGGCUGGACGUGUUUCCCAGGGAACAAAUCCUGGUGGUCAACGGAGAUCGUCUAAUAGACGAUCCGCUUCCCCAAUUGAGGAAAAUCGAACGCUUUCUGGGACUGGAGGCGAGGAUAGACAAACGAAAUUUUUACUUCAAUGAAACUAAAGGUUUUUAUUGUCUGAGGAAUGAAACCGCUGACAGAUGUUUAAGGGAAACGAAAGGUAGAAGGCAUCCUAGAGUUGAUCCAGCAGUCAUUACUAAAUUAAGGAAAUAUUUUAGUGAACAUAACCAGAGGUUCUACGAAUUGGUCGGAGAAGAUUUGCAUUGGCCGGAAGAGUAA